AUGAACCCUAACGAACCCCCUAUCAUUGAUUUCGCCCCCUUCUAUGCCAACGAUUCAACCAAAGAAGACCUCAUCCACCAAAUCCAACGAGCCUGUGAACAAUUUGGCUUCUUCCAGCUGAUCAACCACGCUAUCCCAACCGAACUACAAACCGCAGUCCUACAACACUCAAGCGAAUUAUUCAACCUCCCCUUGGAAACAAAAGAGAAAUACAAUCAAGGUAAUACAGGCCUCCCUUGCUUCAACAAGCAGCAAAAAGAAACUCGACUAAACCCCAAAGCCACCGGCGGCUUCAACCGCGGAUACGAGCGACUACGCUCUCAAAACUUCGAAGAACGCACAAAAGGUGACCUCAAAGAAGGCUUCUAUCUCGGAAAGGACCUCCCACUGGACGAUUCAUACGUCGUCCAGCGACGCUUCGGUCAGGGACCGAAUAAGUAUCCCUCCGAAGUCCCCGACGCGAAAGGCUUCCGUCGCGUCAUGGACGAGUACCACGACGCCAUGAUCGAGCUUGCCGUAGCCAUCAUGCAAGUUAUAGCGCGCACUCUGGGUCUAGACGAGGAUGCUUUUGGUGAUUUCUGCGAUCAUCCCGUCUCCAUUCUUAGACUGCUUCAUUAUCCGUCCCAGGAGGCUGAUACGUCAGACAUUGAGAGAGGAAUCGGCGCUCAUACCGAUUUCGGCGCUAUCACAAUGCUCCUCCAGGAUGAUACGGGCGGGUUGCAAGUAUGGAAUAACGUCUCGUCUGAAUGGGUCGAUGUCACUCCGGUCCCUGGGGCGUAUGUUGUCAACCUGGGGAAUAUGAUGAUGCGCUGGACGAAUAAUCGGUACCUGUCGAAUCUGCACCGCGUCAUUAAUACCAGUGGCAAGGAGCGGUUUAGUGUUCCGUUCUUCUUCUCGGGGAAUCCGAACUAUACUAUUCGCUGUCUUCCUGGGUGUGAGGAUCCAGAGGAGGGCGCUAGAUAUCCCCCGAUUACCGUUCAUGACUGGAUGGCGGGGAGGUAUGCAGAUACUUAUGGGACUUCGGAUGGGAAGGCUAUUGGGGAGAUGCGCCAGGAGCCUGGAGAUGCGUGA